UUGCCGGUAUCUUUUACAUGGAUUAUGACGCGUCCGCUAUUUCACUCGCUGUAUGCAUAAACCACGCGCACUGUCACCGUAAUAAUAACUUUCUGGCAAACGUCACACUGAACCGAAUAAAAUAUCAUGAGCGAAAUAGCAUUCAGUCAUCAGUAAGCAAUAUGGAUCACAACGAUAAGAGAAUUAGAAGAGCUUUAAGGAGGCGUCCUUAUUCGUCUGCCUGUGUGAAGACCCACAACAGGCCUCCCAUCAUCACAAUGUAUGACCAAGACCAGGCAUCUGGGGUCAGAGUUUCGCUACUAAACCAGCGUAUCUCCGCCAUUAUACCAGAAACUCCCUGCCAGUCUGGGAGGAUGACUUGUGGGAUGGGGACAUCACACAAGGAGAGGUGCUCCUCAGCGAGAUCUAAUGACUCCCUAAAGACUUUCAAAAUCUGUGAACGUGAGAGCAACGAUGAGGUUUACAAAAGCAGGUCAGCAUCAGAGAACGUGGUGGAUGAACACAGAAUAAGAGCGGUUCUUGACCAGAACGACAAUCUUUCGAUCUGUUCUGUCAAUGAGUCAGACUUUCUUAGUGAUGAUGAGGAUUAUGACAGCUGGGCAGCAUCUGAAAACUUGAUGGAUGAGCACGGAUUAGGAGCAGUUCCGAACCAGAAUGACAAUAUGUCGAUCCGUUCCUUCAAUGAGUCAGACUUUCUUAGUGAUGAUGACUACAAUGUCUCCGAUGAGAAUGGUUCAGAUACUCCAGGGGAGUCAGACCGGAUGAACUCAGCUUCUCUGAAACUCCCUACACUGAUUUGGGUGGCAGCACAUCAGCCCAACAGUGCUUUGCUUGCCUCGGUGAGCACCCUGAAAGAGGUGUCCCUCCAGACGGAUGUGGUCCCCGCUGGCCAGCCCUUGGAGGAACACCUGGACAAGGAGCAACAUUGGGCCGACACCCAGGAGGACAGCCUGACAAGGGUAAAGGAAGACCUGGUCUCCAUGGAGCACAUCCCGGACGAAGGCCUGAAGAUAUGCAGCGGAGGUGGGGACUUCAAACAGUACCAGGGAGAUAGGCAGAAGAAGCUUGGGGGAUGCUUCAGAUGGAUUGGGGAGUGGCUGUCUAGGAGCAAGGGAGAAGAGAUGAGAGACAGAGGGAGGAUGGAACAGAAGCCUGGCACCCUGAUCAUGGAUAUCCCCUGCCCUUUGACCCCCCCCAGCCACACCCUUGCUUCCUGGCUCACCGUGGAGUACAUCCCUCACCCAAAUAGGGCACGCCUGGCUCCCAUCACCAAUGUGAGUGAAAAAGGCAAGAAACUCCUUCUGGAAAUUGCCAGAGAUUCCCAACAGCCCGAUGAGAAAAAACAAACUGUCAAAGAGGCUAAGAAACACAGAAAACGAAAGGAGAAAGCCAUUGCGAGACAACAGGAGAAAUCUGUGGGGCCAAAGGAGAAACAACACAUGAAAAAGGACAAAAUAAGUCUGAGGAAGAGAUUCCUUCAAUGGCUGCUAUCUAAGAUGUGCUGUAUGAGGAAGUAAUGGAGAACGGCUACACACACACACACACACUAACUUGUUUGCACCUGUGUCUCGUUUACCCCCCAUAUGAGUUCUGUGUUUGCUGUUGUUCUUUGUGAGGUAUUUUUUAUGUGUGCGUGUGCGCGAAAUAUUACAGAGCCUUUUUUUCAUGAACAUUCAUUUUGAUCUGAGAAUCUUGAAAGUCUGUUUUGGUAUCCCGACCCUUGCUUGCCUACCUGACCGCCUCUUUGGAUUUUCCCCACUGUACUUCAGCCUCCGCUCUAUCUUGAUUUCCCAGUUACCGACCAUCUGCCUGCCCUUUGACUUCGCUACAGCCUGUCCCUUUUUACACAAUUUUUUCUCCCCAAUAAAAGUCCUGCGCUCUGCGUUUGGAUCCAUCCCUCCCUCCAACUUGCUCUGCAUGCAUCCAUUACACUUCCCCAUCAACCGCGAGACACAUAAAUCUCUAACGAAUGUAAUCGUCUUGAUAUCACCGUCGCUUUGCUAAAUUUAAGAUGGCCUGCUUAUGCUUGGGUUUCCCUCCAAGUUUCACUGGCCCUGUA